GCUCUCUCUCUCUCUUCUCUCCUUCUCUCUCUUUCUCUCACGCCCUCUAUAAAAUGUUCCCGAAAAGGAAAGAAUCUUUCUUUCACCGGAAAGAUCCCAUUUUUAGGACAUGAGAGUAGCAGAGUUCCUCCAGGACUUGGGGGAGAUGAAGAAGAAGAAUCGGAGGAGAAAAAGGAUAAAUUUUGGCGCACCUCCGCUGCAUUGCGAGCCUCAAACGCCGCGUUCCUUUCUCUUCCGGUGGUUUUUUAACACAGCGCCCGCCGCUGGCAAUGUAAACGGCGGCGCAGCGGAGGGGUCGAAGUCGAGUUGCUUGGUUCCGUUCUCGAAGUCUUGCUGCAAGAAUGAGGAGGAGGAUGAGAAGGAGGACGAAGAGGGGUUCGGUCCAGAUGAAGCGAAGGAGACGAUUCCAGCGAUUGGGGAAUCCACGGAAGGAGAAAAGAAACCUGAGGUUCUCUCUUUCAACCUUGGUAUGGGGGCAGGUCUAGUCUUCCUCUUGGCAAAAAGUGCUAGUGAAUUUAAUAAAAUGGUUGAACUAAGAUCUGAGAUGGAAAUGAUGAUCCAGUACAUCAAAGGAGAAAUGCAAAGAAAAGCUACUGUUUCUAACUUACCAGAGUCAAAGGUUCACAGCUUCCCAAAUUCAUAUUACUUGGGGAGUGAAUGUUCAAACAAGCCUCAGUACUUGCCUGAUGAUACAGAAUCAUGUAAUUUCACAGGAGCUUACGGUGCCAUGGCGACUCAUAGGCAGUCCAACUUGAACAUGGAUUUGGAUACUAAAAUGUGCUCCACAGGCAAUGAAAUGGAGCAAGAGCUUCAAGUUGAACUACAACGCUUGCAGCUUAACUUGGAAGACCAAGAUUCAUCAAUGCAUCCACGCCAAGAUAGAUUGGAGGUAGACAGUGAGAGCAAUUUGAGCUUCAAUGACACUUACCAGCAAGUCAAUGAGCCUAAUAAAUCAGAAAGCAACAAGCAAACUGGAGUUUGCCCUCGAGAGCUCGAGAGAAGGUUGCAUGAGCUUCUUGAAGCAAGACAGCAUGAGAGGAUAGUUGAGCUCGAGAAUGCAUUAGAAUGUGCAGAGAGGAAGCUGAAUGAGAAAGAUAUGGAGAUUUGCUGGUGGAGAGAUACUGCAAGGCUGGUCUCAAAGCAUAGAGAAGAAAGAUUGCAACUGCAAUUCUAAGAGAAACUUAGCUCCUGGCUAUGUUGCUUCUUACCUCAAUGAAUCAAUUGACUUUGUACUGAAGAUUGGCUUUUUUGUCUGGUUAUUUUCUGUUCUGCAGAGCUUUCUUCCAUUUGUGUUCAAAGUUGAGGAAAAGAAGUUUUUUGCUUUGGCAAUUUUGCAAAACAAACUCUCUGUUCUUCAAAGCUUUCUUCCAUAAGCUAUAAUUAGAGCUUUUG